GAGUCCAGAAGAGACGGCAGAGAGGUUUGAACAGUUUGCUGAGGCGGAAAUAUUGAAAUUGGGCAUUUUUCGGGGGGAAGCCUGCAUUUGAAACUUUUGCCUUCCAUCUACACGCUUGGCCGGUGACCGUGUCGUGUGUUCCCGAGCGGGGUUUAAGUUGGAAACAGCCUCUUUGUGCGCCGAUUCUCAGUAAGCCGGUGUCGGUGUGAAGCUAGCUAGCCGCCGAGCUAACGUAACGGCUAGCCGGAAUACAGAGCCAGCUAAUCCGCAACACAAAGGACGGUUUCCCCCCCUGUGUUGGUCACACCACACCUGGAUCACCUCGUUGGAUGAGGACUGAGUUUCCCGUGCAGGUGCAUCAUGGUGCUGACUGGGAAGCGCUCGGAGAAGGGGCCCGGCUGCUGGAAGAGGAGAGUGAAGUCCGAGUACAUGAGACUCCGACAGCUCAAACGCUUCAGGCGGGCCGACGAGGUCAAGAGCAUGUUCAACACUAACCGCCAGAAAAUCAUGGAGCGGACGGACAUUUUGAACCAGGAGUGGAAGACUAGGCGAAUCCAGCCUGUUCACAUCAUGACAUCUGUCAGCUCCCUGAGAGGGACCAGAGAGUGCACGGUGGACAGCGGGUUCUCCGAGUUUUCUAAGCAGGUGAUUCCUCUGAAGACCCUGAACGCCGUGGCCUCGGUCCCGGUCAUGUACUCCUGGUCACCGCUGCAGCAGAACUUCAUGGUGGAGGAUGAGACCGUGCUCCAUAACAUCCCCUACAUGGGAGAUGAGAUCCUGGACCAGGACGGUACCUUCAUAGAGGAGCUCAUCAAAAACUAUGACGGCAAAGUCCACGGAGACAGAGAGUGCGGCUUCAUCAACGACGAGAUCUUCGUGGAGCUGGUGAGCGCCCUGACGCAGUACAGUGACAACGAGGAUGACGACGAAGAGGAGGAGCAGGACUUCAAGGUGGACAAGAUGGAGCUGUGUGACGGCAAGGAGCACCCGGAGGACCCCCGCAAGGACCCGCUCAUCAGCAACGAGAGCCGGACCAACAACGACAGCACUAAGAAGUUUCCCUCUGAUAAGAUUUUUGAAGCCAUCUCCUCCAUGUUCCCAGACAAAGGCUCCACCGAAGAGCUGAAAGAAAAGUACAAGGAGCUGACGGAGCAGCAGCUGCCCGGCGCGCUGCCGCCCGAGUGCACGCCGAACAUCGACGGCCCCAACGCCCGCUCUGUGCAGCGGGAGCAGAGCCUCCACUCCUUCCACACCCUGUUCUGCAGACGCUGCUUCAAAUACGACUGCUUCCUCCACCCGUUCCACGCCACUCCAAACACGUAUAAACGUAAGAACAUGGAGAACCUGGUGGACAGUAAACCCUGCGGCAUCGACUGCUACAUGUACCUGGUUCAAGAUGGGAUGGUGGGGGAGUACCCAGCAGGCAUGGUGGCCGAGCGGGCCAAGACGCCCUCCAAGCGCACAGUCGGCCGUCGCCGCGGACGACUGCCAAACAGCAACAGCAACAGCCGGCCCAGCACCCCCACCGUUUCCUCGGAAACCAAAGACACAGACAGCGACCGCGAGGGCGGCAAAGACGACGAGCGAGACAACGACAAAGACGAUGAUGACAAGAAGGACGAGAACACCAGCAGCUCGGAGGGGAACUCUCGGUGCCAGACUCCAGUGAAGAUGAAACUGACGUGCGACCCUGAGGCGGUGGACUGGAGCGGAGCCGAAGCCUCUCUGUUCAGGGUUCUCAUCGGGACGUACUAUGACAACUACUGCGCCAUCGCACGGCUCAUAGGCACCAAGACCUGCAGACAGGUCUACGAGUUCAGGGUGAAGGAGUCCAGCAUCAUCGCUCGUGCUCCCGCUGAAGACGAGGACACACCUCCCAGGAAGAAGAAGAGGAAACACAGGCUGUGGGCCACGCACUGCAGGAAGAUCCAGCUGAAGAAAGAUGGCUCGUCCAAUCACGUGUAUAAUUACCAGCCAUGUGACCACCCGCGGCAGCCCUGUGACUCCUCCUGUCCCUGCGUCACCGCGCAAAACUUCUGUGAGAAAUUCUGCCAGUGCAGCUCUGAGUGUCAGAACCGUUUCCCAGGCUGCAGGUGUAAAGCUCAGUGCAACACCAAGCAGUGUCCCUGCUACCUGGCGGUCAGGGAGUGUGACCCCGACCUCUGCCUCACCUGCGGCGCCGCAGAGCAUUGGGACAGCAAGAAUGUCUCCUGCAAAAACUGCUCCAUCCAGAGAGGGGCCAAGAAGCACCUUCUGCUGGCUCCGUCAGACGUGGCAGGAUGGGGCAUCUUCAUCAAAGAGCCGGUCCAGAAGAACGAGUUCAUCUCUGAAUACUGUGGAGAGAUUAUCUCCCAGGAUGAAGCAGACCGCAGAGGGAAGGUCUACGACAAAUACAUGUGCAGCUUCCUCUUCAACCUCAACAACGACUUUGUUGUUGAUGCCACAAGGAAAGGCAACAAGAUCCGCUUCGCCAACCAUUCUGUGAACCCGAACUGCUAUGCAAAAGUGAUGAUGGUGAAUGGAGAUCACAGAAUAGGGAUCUUUGCCAAGAGAGCCAUCCAGACCGGGGAGGAGCUGUUCUUCGACUACAGGUACAGUCAGGCCGACGCUCUGAAGUACGUUGGGAUUGAACGGGAGAUGGAGAUCGCCUGAUUCUGACUUCUACCUCCUGUGCAUCACCAACUCAAAGGCCUUACACACAAAGUCACACACACAGACACACACACACACACACACACACCAUUCACUUCAGGAAAUCCAGACAGCUCGUCAAAAUGCUAGAACCCUUCAGGAAUUCUGGGAAUUUUUCGAACACGGAGGAACAUUUUUGUUGCUGUUAUUUUGUGUUAUUUUGUUUUUUUUUAAGCUUCUCAGCUCUUUGUAACUGGCCACCGUGCUGUCGGGUUUUGUUUCUAUCAAAAAUCUUCCUCUCCUCUCGGGGUCUGGGACUCGUGUUGUUGCUACGUCACAAAUCUUCCUGCAGAUGGAACCGCGAACCGGCUCCUCUUCCACUUCGACCCGACUUUUCUACUUUGAGGCGAGAGGACGAGUCUGUCGGCUUUUGGAUUCAAGUUUCAGGGACCAAACCUCCAGCAGCUGGACUCGCGGCUCCCUCGCUCCGCUUGCUUCGUGUUUCUCCUCCUCCAGUGUGUCGCCUCGCAGCCGUGAGCUCUGUCGUCACAAAGCAGGGACAACCUGCCUCUUUUGGAUUCUGUAUUUUUUUUUUUUUUUCUUCCUACGGUGUGAAGGAACAGGACCGCACACACUCCGCAGGGUGACACAUCACUCUGUCUGUGCGACAGGGCGGCGUUCACAAAGCAGGAGCACCAGCAAAUGUUUUAUUCAACCUGCUCGACAAAAUUCCCCUCAGUUCAUUUCAGAAAUAUAUUUUUUAAAGUUGCUAAUUUGGCUUAUGAAGAUGCAUUUGUUGGAAAAUGCAGAGGCUUGUCUUUAAAUAAAAUAAAUAAUAAAAUAACAUAAAAUAAAAACAGAUAAAUAAACCUAAAUUUUAAAAGUUUUUUACACGAGAAAAGUAAAAUCAA